AGUGCUGCUGUGUAUGCGGAAGUAACGGCGACUGUUUGCGUUUGUGUGUAUGGAGCAUCGCGACUCGUCUUAUGAAGCUGUAAUUGACGCGGUGUUUGUGUGUCAUUGUGUAGUAUUUAGCGAAACUUUACGCUUUGAGUUUGUGCAUCAGCAGCUUCAUAUUCUCUUGUUAUUUAAGAGCCUUGGCACAGUUUCUCUACAGUCAGAACUCAUCACAACAUCAGCCUGAAUGAUGUGCGUUCGUGACUGUCACUGAACACACCGUGUACGCAGGUGUGAAGACACGUCAGGAUGUUGGAGUCGUAUGUUACUCCUCUUUUAAUGAGUUAUGUGAACCGCUACAUAAAGAACCUGAAACCGUCGGACCUGCAGCUGUCAUUAUGGGGCGGCGACGUGGUGCUGAGCAAACUGGACCUGAGACUGGACGUCCUGGAGCAGGAACUGAAGCUGCCCUUCACGUUUCUGAGCGGACACAUUCACGAGCUGCGCAUCCACGUGCCCUGGACCAAACUGAGCUCGGAGGCUGUAGUCAUCACCAUCAACACCAUGGAGUGUAUCCUGAAACUCCGAGACGCAGCCACGGAGGAUAAUGAAAGUUGUACGUCCAGCUCGACCAAUCGAAGUGAGAGCUCCAAGAGUGUGCCUAAACCCAGACGAGUGCAGCAAGCCCCCAGUGACCCUGACCUGCCCCCAGGGUACGUCCAGAGUCUUAUUCGUCGAGUGGUGAAUAAUGUCAAUAUUGUGGUGAAUAACCUGAUUUUGAAGUAUGUGGAAGAUGACAUCGUGCUGUCAGUCAACAUCACCUCUGCCGAGAGCUACACAGUGGACGAUCUGUGGGACAGAGCGUUCAUGGACAUCAUCUCUCCUGAACUGGUCCUGAGGAAGGUGAUCAAUUUUUCAGACUGCACAGUCUGCUUGGAUAGACGGAAUGCCAGUGGAAAGAUCGAGUUUUAUCAGGACCCUCUGCUCUACAAAUGUUCCUUCAGAACUCGUCUUCACUUCACCUACGACAACAUUAACGCCAAAAUCCCUGCCGUCAUUAAAGUUCACACAAUGGUGGAGAGUCUGAAGUUGUCUUUGACAGACCAGCAGUUGCCCAUGUUCAUUCGGCUGAUGGAGUUGGGUGUGGCGCUGUAUUACGGCGAGAUGGGAGUUGACGGAGACGGCGACGGAGAAGAGAACAGCUCGCUCAGAGAGAGCGUCCCCGGUCUGACGGUGGAAGGCUCAGAUCUGUCUCUUGCGGCGGGUCAGUACUUUCAGAGCGAGGAUGAAGAUCAGGGCUGGGUGUCGUGGGCCUGGUCGUUCGUCCCGGCCAUCGUGAGCCCUGAAGAGGAGGAGACUGAAGGAGCGUCUGGCGUGUAUGCGGAAGAGGGCGGAACAGCGCGACCCCUUCAGCACUCCUACAAGGACCCCGUGGUGUCUGUGGGCUUCUACUGCACCAAAGCCUCAGUCACCUUCAAGCUAACAGAGAGCUGUUCUGAGAGCAGUUACUACAGUCCACAGAAGGUCAAGUCACGCGAGGUGUUGUGCGUGGAGCAGGAGGGCAUCACAGUAGAGGCUCUGAUGAUGGGCGAGCCCUUCUUUGACUGUCAGGUGGGAGUUGUCGGUUGUCGUGCUGUGUGUCUGAAGGGCAUUAUGGGAGUUCGAGAUUUUGAAGAGAAUAUGAACAGAAAAGAGGAGGACGCAGUGUUCUUCCGCUGUGGGGAGACUCUGAGCGUGAAGGGCUUGACCUACCUGACCAACUCGCUCUUCGACUACCGCAGUCCUGAGAACAAUGGCGUUAAAGCAGAAUUUAUCUUAAAUGGAAACAUUCAUAAGGUUAGCAGUGCAGACACCUGCUCACACACACAGACGAAGCCUCAGUCUCUGAUUCAGAUAACACAUUUCAUUCAAAGUUGGGAGCUGCACUGUUUAAUGUGCAUCUGUGUGUGUUGUCUUUCAGUUUGUGUGGGGCUUCAGGAUUUCUCUGCGUUGCGUAAGGAUGAGACGCCGCUGGUGCAGGAAACAUCACAGAAGAGGAUUGUGAUUGGUCCGUUAGAUUUACAGCUUCACAGCAGUGCUGUCCAUCGCAUCUUAAAGAUGGCUGCGUGCACUCUUGACCACGAGUACCAGCCUUACUGCAAACCACAGCCUGAUGUUGUCGAGGAGUGUGUGAGCGUCGGGCCAGAGAAGGUUUUGGCUUUAGAGGAGUUUAUUCCCACCCGUCAGACGAGCGUGAUGCUAAUGAAGGCUCGAAUCACAGUCCCUGCGGCUGAAUACAACUUACUGCAUGUCAUAUUACCUGCUUUACUGAGACAGAAGGUGUCCACUGCACAGACGUCUGCACCUCAGUUCCAGCUCUUGCGUCCUCUGCCUGCGCUGCAGUUGCAGUUUGAGCGGGUCACGUUUGAACAUUCUGCACCCAUGUAUGAAGAGGAAGUGACACGCGCAGCCAGCAGCCUGAAUCAGCCUUCAGAAGCACUCCUGCACAACUGCUACACACACAGCUACCUGAAGGUCUUUGAGCUUCAGGCUGGUCUGACUGUAAUUGACUCUGAGGGGGUAUUCCAUCCGCUCCUUCCCAUAAUUCCUACUUUCAGUAUGGCACUCUAUGGGAAACAGCUCCGUUUGCCUGCGUACUGGGGGAGACAGUCUUCAGUUGCGUUGUAUGAAUGCAUGUUUGAGCUUCCGCAGGUGUGUGUUCAGCUCACGCGUGCUCAGGUGCUGCUGCUGAAUUGCAUGUAUCACAGUUGGAUGUAUGGUGUGGAAGGCGGAGCCUGCAGCGGUAUCAGAGACGCCCUCAUUAACCACGCCUACAGACCCCCAGGUGUGAAGUCAGUGGGUUCUGCUCCCGUUCUGGAGUUGUGUGUUCAGCGAGUUGAGAUGAAGGUGUGUGUGCGGCCGGCGCUCUUGUGUGUUUCUGGGACUCUGGGAGCUGUUAAAGUUUGUGCCAGGACACCGGGUAAGAGCAGCUGCACACAUCUGUUUGACUGUGAUCAUGUGUGUGUGUGUGUGUGUGUGUGUGUCAGGGGGAGACAGUCUUCAGUUGCGUUGUAUGAAUGCAUGUUUGAGCUUCCGCAGGUGUGUGUUCAGCUCACGCGUGCUCAGGUGCUGCUGCUGAAUUGCAUGUAUCACAGUUGGAUGUAUGGUGUGGAAGGCGGAGCCUGCAGCGGUAUCAGAGACGCCCUCAUUAACCACGCCUACAGACCCCCAGGUGUGAAGUCAGUGGGUUCUGCUCCCGUUCUGGAGUUGUGUGUUCAGCGAGUUGAGAUGAAGGUGUGUGUGCGGCCGGCGCUCUUGUGUGUUUCUGGGACUCUGGGAGCUGUUAAAGUUUGUGCCAGGACACCGGGUGUGUGUGAGGGGCAGAAGGAGCAGCUGGUUUCACUGGUUCAGGGUCCGUCUGAUACCACAGAUCUUCACAGCAGCCGUUGGUUGAGUGGGAGUCGUAAGCCGGCGUCUCUCCUCUCUCCUGAUCUUAUCCAGGUCUCUCUACAGCUCCCACAGCACGAGCACGAGCACACGCUGAAUGCCGCCGGUGCAGUGCUGCUGGUGAGCGUUCAGGGAAUCGCUGUAAACGUGGAUCCCGUUCUGUUUUCAUGGCUUCUGUUCCACCCUCAGAGAUCCAGUGGCACCAGAACGCCUCAAAAGGUUUCUGUGGUGAUGAAGAAGAGGAGAGAAGAUGAAGCGUCUGUUGGCAGCACUCCAAUAACCAAACAACCAAGCAAUCCAGCAUCAGACUACACCAGCAGCCCUGUGAAAACUAAAACACACACAGAGUCGAGGCCUCUGUCUGUACCUGUGAAAAUCUUUCCAUCAUCUGAAGAGAAACACUUGAGUUCAGAUGAACGCAUGAAGAACCUGAUAACACACACCUGGAACGCCGUCAGACGCCUCACACUGCAGGUGGAGUUGCAGUCGUGUUGUGUGUUUGUGCCGUCUGACAGUCUGCCGUCUCCCAGCACUCUGGUGUGUGGUGAUAUUCCGGGUACGGUGCGCAGCUGGUAUCACAGUCAGACUCAGUGUAUGCCCGGGACGCUGGUGUUGUGUCUGCCACAGGUCAGCGUGAUGAGCGCUGGGCACAGACGCAUGGAGCCGCUGCAGGACAUCCCCUUCACUGUUCCCAGACCUGUGCUGGAUGAGGGUGACGCGUUCCCGUGGACGGUGUGUGUGAAUCAGUUGAGUGUGUACUCUCUCCUGGGUCACCAGCGUUCUCUCAGUCUUCUAGAGCCCAUGGGCUGCACGUCAACACUGGCGCUCACCGGCCCAAAACUGCAGCCCGACACCAAACAUGCUUUCAUCAUCUGUUUACAUGUGGACCUGCAGCCUGUGCACCUGAAAUGCUCCAAUCCUCAGGUUCAGCUGCUGUAUGGUUUAUGGUGUAGAUGGAGUCAGAUUGUCAGUGUGGUUGAUCAGAUGCACAACAGAGGAACACAAAAACAAUCAUCAGGAUUUCCAGACCCCACAGCGCCACCCGCUGGACCGUCAUCACCUGUCCACAGCAGUGCUGGCACCAUCCCACCUGACACCAGCACCUACAGCCCAUCAGCUGACCUGGGCUCACCUACAGAGGGUGAGUCGGUUCACACAGAGGAUGCGGUUCAGUGUGAGUCCAUGACUCUUGAACAGAAGACCUGCAGCAUCAGCAGCUCCAGUGGAAAACUCAGCGUUUGGAUGCAGUGGAUGUUGCCCAAACUCACACUCAAACUCUUUUCUUCUGACCACACGUCCAGAGACAACGGUACUCAUCGCACACACACAGAUGUAACUGCUGAAGAGAGAGCGUGGCGGGUCGGCCCGUGUGCUGGGGUCGUCCUCUCUUGCACUGACCGGCUCAACAGACGCACGGUUCUCCUGCGACCGCUCGGCAAACACGACCCUCACAACCAUUUCAGCUUCUUUCCUCCUACAGCGGCCAAAGCUCUGGAGGUCUCUCACCAGCAGCACGGCUUUCUGUCCGUCACGUACACGCAGGCCGUGACGCGGAACGUUCGACACAAGCUGACGGCGCGUCAGGAACACAUGUCUCAGUGGUUGUGUGAAGAGGGCGCAGACGGAUCGCCGCAGUACCUGCAUGAGAUUCUGCUCACGGCUCAACCCUUUGACCUCGUGCUCUCCUGCCCCCUGCUGGUGACCGUGAGCCGCGUCUUUCAAGUAACCCCGCCCCCUCAUCUCCGUCAUCCGGUCAGAGACCGCCUGUCUCCAGGACAGCCAAUGAGAGGCCACUCGCUGUCAUCCGGCAGUCUGCCGCUCAUUUAUGUCAACACUAGUGUGAUCCGGGUUUUCUGCCCCCUAGAGGACAUGCCAAGCUUCACAUAUUCCCAGAUGAAGGAAGACACUGUUGUGCUGAAGAUCGGUUCUGUAAGUGUUGCUCCACAGGCUGAUAAUCCACUGCCUCGGUCCGUUCUACGCAAAGACCUCUACCAACGGGCGUUAAAUCUGGGAGUGUUGCGUGACCCGGGCUCAGAGGUUGAAGAUCGUCAGUAUCAGAUCGAUCUUCAGAGCAUCAACAUGGGCACGGCUCUGUGGGAUGAUCUGAGACCUGAGAGAGAGAGCUCAACGGACGGCUGUCCUCCAGACGGGGAGAGAAAUUCCCAGAAUCCCGCGCUGGAGUGGAACAUGGCCAGCAGUAUUCGCAGACAGCAGGAGAAGAGAGUCAUUCUGUCACCCAUCAUCACAGAUUUCUCUGUACGGAUAACCGCCGGUCCUGCUAUCAUCUACCGCAAACCUCUCGCAGCAGCGCACGGAGCAACAGAGGAGGUGGUGGUGUGCGGUCACAGUUUGGAGAUGAAUGUGACGUCGAGUCUGGAGCUUUAUCUCAGUGUCUCUCAGGUGCAGUUACUGCGGCGUCUACUGCAGGCCAACGUGGGACUGACAGCUGUCAAUCAAACUCCUGCAGAUGUGCGGGGUCAUCAGCUGCAGGCCGCUGCGGGUUCGGGCUCUGUGGAGAGUUUGUGUGGUAGCAUUGCUCCUGGCGGGCAGGACAGCGGGUUUGGCAGCGACAGUGCCCGUCUGCGGUUUGUUGGUAUCGAGCAUCAGGGCGGGACGGGUCAGCAGCACCGCCUCGCGCGCACCUCGCACCAGCCCGUCAUCACCAAGAACCUCAGCUUCAUCCCCUUUGAUGUUUUUCUCACCGCCGGCCGCAUCUCUCUCAUGACGUACGCCACCGCGCCCUCCGCCAAACCUCCUGCAGUCGGCCCGCAGGGGGGAAAGAGCGCUCUGGACGUGCCGGAGGAUGAGGCAUCUGACGGGGGUCUGUCCUCCCUGACGGCCGAUGAUCUGCUGAACGGCAACACCGCCGUCAGCUCCUCCGGGGUUCUGGAGGGUGUCUCAGUGCCCAGCCGGGUGUUGGCGCGUCAGGCUCUGGGUGUGACGGUGGUGAGGCAGCCGGGCCGCAGAGGAGAUAAAGACCGCAGUCUGGAGCCGCUGAUGUUCCUGCAGGUGACGCAGCCGUCGCUCUUAAUAAACUGCCAUCAUCGAAAACAGAAGCUGGAACUGUCGCUCUUCGAUCUGACGCUGAAAGCAGUCGCCAGCGAUUACAAGUGUUUGGACGCAGGGAAGUCUCUCCCCGAGUCUUUAGACUACAGUGUGUUUUGGCUGCAGACAUUAGCAGGAGAGGUGGACAGUCAAACUGGAAUCCCACCACCGCUGCUGUCUGUCAUCAUCAAAGACUUUCUCACCGGACCGGAGUUGAAGGUGGAUGUCAGUCGCCCGCUGAGGCUCAGCCCCACACUGGCAAAGAUUGAGCAAGCCAAAAACUUCUGGAAGAGAAUCUUUCCUGAGAGCGAAGGCGACCGGCAGCCUGGGUCACCCGCAGGCUCCGCCCACCACUGCAACAGCGACGCCCCGCUUACUCUGGAGCUGAUGCUGCGCUCUCUGCAGACUCUCGUACCCCUUCACAAGAUCACGCUGCGUACGGUGCAGUUGGCGGUGGCCGUGGAGAUGGAGCGUCACGCCGCACGGCCCGCUCUGAUGCUGUCCGUGUCAGGCAUGACGGGCGCUCUAACCCUGAAGAACGCCCUCAGGUCUGCAGAUGGCUUUAAGGAGGUGCGUGUAUUUCUUCAGUGUGAUGAUGGGUUGGUGAGAACAGCUCUGAAGGACAGAAGUGUUGUGUUUUUUGGUCCGUUCUCCUGUACUUCACAUCUGGAGGCUUAUUGGUGCAGACACAGUGGAAGCUCCACCCCCGACUCGCCUGCUCCACCCAGAGUGUUGAUUGAUCUGAAAGGUGGUUUGUUACAGGUGUUUUGGGGUCAGCUGCAGUUUAACUGUUUGUCUUACAUUCAUGAGCAUCUACAGAACUACUGUAGUCAGAUGACUCGAGUAGAGGUGGAGUCUAAUGAGAAGCCCCUCCUCUCUACUCCACCGCCCCCCUCUCAUCCUGUCCAAUCAGAGCACUCCUCUGAUGACUUGCGCACAGGCCUUUUCCAGUACAUACAGGACUCAGCGGGUCAGAAGAUGCCCUCGGCUCAUGAGGUGGUGUUCUGGAAAGAAACGGAGGACUCUCCGGGUGUGAUGCUGUGGAGAUAUCCUGAACCGCGCAUCAUCACGUUCCUCAGAAUCACACCUGUUCCCUUUAACACGACAGAUGACCCGGACAUCAGCACGGCUGACCUGGGAGAUGUUCUGCAGGUGCCCUGCAGUCUGGAGUACUGGGACGAGUUGCAGCGGGUGUUUGUGCCCUACAGAGAGUUUAGUCUGUCAGAGAGUUGUGUGUGUGAACUCACUCUGCCCUCGCUGACCCCUGACACACAUCAGACUGACCUGGUGACCUCUGACCUCUGGAGGGUUGUGCUCAACAGCUCUGCUGACGGUGGAGAUGAGAGUUCUGACAGUGAGUGGGGUUCACAGUGUGAUCAGCUGGUGUGUCCCACCGCUCUGGCCGCAUGUACACGUGUGGACUCGUGUUUCGCGCCGUGGUUUGUGCCCUCAGUGGGCGUCUCCAUACGACUGGCGUAUCUGGAGCUGCGAUUCUGCCACAACCUGGAUCAGCUGGGCACAGUGCUGUGCAAGAGGCUCCGCCCCUUCCUCCCAGACAGGAAGUUGCCUCAGGACCAGGAGUUUGCGGUUUUGCAUGUGUGCGAUCCGUGCGUGUUUGUGCGUCAGUGGAGCGAUGUCACGCAGCGGUGUCAUGAGUUCAGAUUCUCAUCCACGCUGAGCUGCAGACUGCUGGAGUACAGAAACCUCACACGCCUGCCCGUCAUUCAACCCGUCAGCCUGCAGGGACACGCAACACACACGCUUACACACACGCAACACACGCUCAGCUGCAGCACCACACUCCAGCCGCUGCACGCCGCUGUGGGACAGUACGCAAUACACACGCUGGACAGAGCGCUGCAGGCCUGGAGACAGAACCGUGUUCCUGAUGCUGAGGAGUUGAUCUUCAGUCAUUAUGUCAUUUGUAAUGACACACAGGAAGUGCUUCGCUUCGGUCAGGUGGACACAGAUGAAAAUAUUCUGUUACACAAUAACCAAAGUCACCAGUACAGCUGGAGAACACAUAAAUCACCUCAGCUGCUGCACAUCUGUAUGGAGGGUUGGGGGAACUGGCGCUGGGCGGAACCCUUCAGUGUGGAUGAUGUCGGCACUCUCCUGCGCACCAUACAUCAUAAAGGACAGACAGCCUCUCUCAUCAUCACAGUCAAACCACUCAACGGAGUCCAGAAACAAGUACUACACAACACACACACAACUCAACAGAGUCCAGAAACAACUACUACACAACACACACAGUGUUCUCUAUUACUAUAUGUUCAUUUGCUUAAAGAGGUUGGUUUGUGUUUCAUGUCUCUCUCUCUCUCUCUCUCUCUCUCUCUCUCUCGCUCUCUCUCUCUCUGUCUCUCUCUCUCUCUCUCUCUCUCUCUCACACACACACACAUGCAACAGACACUCGUUGUGUUUAGUCCUCUCUUUAUGAUGUGGAGUCACCUGCCUGAUGCUCUUCUGGUUCACAUUGAGAAAAGAAGUCUGGGACACAAAGACACACAACUCAUUCAUGGAGGAGGCCACCAGGAGGCGCUGCUCAACGUAGAAGCAGAUCUGAUACACCACCUCACCUUCCAGGCCAGUGAGGAAGAUGAUGUGUCGGACUGUGCUGUUCCAGUGUCCACUGCUGUCAUUAAACAGAUCAUCAGCAGAUCAACAGCAGAUCAGAAACAACACAAUCUUUUACAUCACUUCUAUGGAGAGAUGACAGCACAGCAUCCAGCCUGGCCGUACACCAGCAGAGACACACACAGGUGUGUGGAGCAGGGCGAGUCGGGUGUGGUGCAGUGGGACAGUCCCAUGCAGGUGCGUUUGAGCGUGUGGAAGUGGGGUCUGAACACUCUGAUGGUGGAGGUGGUGCCGUGGGCUCUGCUGCUCAAUCGCUCACACUGGGACCUGUGGCUGUUUGAAGCUGAAAACAUCAUCACACAAAUACCAGCUGGAAAAACCAUCACACCACCCAAUUUCAAGGAUGCGUUUCAGAUUGGCAUUUAUUGGCCACAAACUAACACAGUGCACAAGUCUCCUGCCGUGCGAUUGGUCCAUGAGGUGUCAUCACCACGGUGGCCAGAGGGGGGCGGAGCUGAUGUCCUGCUGCUGGAUGAAGACGGAUACAUACACACUGACAUCACACUCGGAACACAACCCGGAAAACUCAAGCUCUGUCAGUUGUGUGUGUCAUCUUCAGUGAAAUACGGGAUUCAGGUUUUACAGAUUGAAGAUAAAACCGUCCUGCUCAACAACACAACAAACAUCAUUAAGUGCAGAGCUGUGAUGUCACAACAGCCCAACACAACACAUGACCAGGUGUAUCAGGUGCCUGAAUCAUCAGUGUUCGCUCUGAAUCCUGCGGGUCAUGUUGAAGGUGAUCAGGUGUGUUGUGCUGUGGCCUCCUGGGAUGUCCUGAGACCUGCGUCCAGCGCUCGGAUCCGGUCAGAAGCAGACGUCCCGCUGAUGAUGUCGAAGCAGCUGCUGUUGAGCUGUGAGGGAGACACGUGGAGUCUUCCAGCGCUCAUCAGAUCGGAUUUCCCCAGACAGAGUGUUUGUGUACCUGUGACGCCGGAUGACACACAGCCUUUCAGCACCAGAGCUCUUGUUGUGACGUGUCAGGAGCAUCAGGGCAUCACGUAUGUGGCUGUAAGUGAAGAUCUGUGUCCGCGGAUGCUGAUUCACAACCGCUGCCCCAUGAAUCUGUUACUGAAGGAAAACCUCAGAGAGUGUCCGCGAGCUGAAGUGUUUUGUAGGACGUUGCCGGCCGUGUCAUCUGUUCAUCAUGAGUUGUAUCAUCACACCUCUAACUUUCCCGAGUGCAAACAGAAAGACACGCUGCCCACACUGCUGCUCUGCCUCAUCACGGACACGCCCACUGAUCCCAUAACCACACCCAUCGACCCCACAGACACGCCCAUCACACUCAGCUGGACGGACGCCAUUGAUAUUAGCAGCCCUGGAACACAGGUUGUUUUCCUGCCGGGGUUUGGCUGUUUGUACACUGAUGUGCUUCACCAGAGUGCCACCAUCACACUGACGCUCGCACCCGAGAGCAACGCUGAAGAUCUCGUCACACACCACAGGCUGUCCAAUCAGAUGCUCUCAUUCAGGAUUCUGUUAAAUGAGGUGAGCGUGGCACUCUGUGAUGACAUCACCACCCCUUCCAGUUCUGUGGAGCUGUUACGUCUCACCGUGUCCAAACUGCUGCUUCAUCUGCCACCCAAUGAACCGUUGGCUGGUGAUGUGGAGGCUCCGCCCACUCACAGGGUCCAGGUGCACUGCAGCGGCCUGCAGCUGGACAAUCAGCUGUACAACCGCGCCAGCUUCCACUUCCCUGUCAUUGUGUGUCAGGAGCAGCAGACGGACGCGGCCGUGUGUACGUGUGACCCCGGCGUGCCGCUCGCCCCGCAUGGCUUCUGUGAAGCGUGUUUUCUGUCUCUGACCGUCAGCGUCUCGGCAGACGGGCGGCUGGACCGGCUCGCGUUCCGCGUCAAACCGGCACGAGUCUAUCUGGAGGACACUUUCAUUUAUUACAUGAAGACACUCUUCCACACCUACAUCCCAGAGUCCACGCUGGGCGAGCGAGGUAGCGGUUGGAGCACGGGGACGGAGGUUCCGGGCGAGCUCCUGGAGUCCAUGCGGGCGCUGGAGAUGCCGGUGCGUCUGCAGAAGCUUUCGAUCGAAGCCGUUCAUCUGCUGGUGAGCAUCCACGCGUCUCUAAAGCUCUACAUCGCAUCUGAUCACACUCCGCUGUCGUUCUCACUGUUUGAACGAGGACCCAUCUGCACGACACCUCGACACCUCGUACACACGCUCGCACUGCAUUACGCCGCCGGAGCUCUCUUCAGAGCGGGGUGGGUCGUCGGUUCUCUGGAAAUCCUGGGCAGUCCUGCCAGUCUGGUGCGGAGCAUCGGGAACGGAGUGUCGGAUUUUUUCAGGUUGCCAUAUGAAGGUUUGACUCGUGGGCCGGGAGCUUUUAUUAGUGGCGUCUCCAGAGGAACAAACUCCUUCAUCAAACACAUCUCUAAAGGGACUCUGACGUCCAUCACUAACCUAGCGACGAGUCUUGCGCGUAACAUGGACCGUCUGUCACUGGAUGAUGAGCAUUACAUGAGACAGGAGGAGUGGCGAAGACAACUGCCUGAGACUCUGGGAGACGGACUGAGACAAGGCCUGUCCAGACUGGGCAUCAGUCUGCUGGGAGCCAUCGCAGGUAUUGUGGAUCAGCCCAUGCAAACAUUCACACGGACUCUUGAGAUGCCUGAUUCAGCGAGCAGCGCAGCGCGCGGCGUCAUCUCUGGAGUGGGAAAAGGCAUUGUGGGAGUUUUCACCAAGCCAAUAGGAGGAGCGGCUGAACUGGUGUCACAGACGGGUUACGGUCUUCUUCACGGCGCUGGACUGUGGCAGCUUCCUCAACAGCUGCAUCUUCCUACAGACAGAAAAUCAGCCGACGCUGUCAACAGCCACGUCAAAUACAUCUGGAAGAUGUUACAGUCUCUGGGUCGUGCGGAGCUGCACAUGGCUCUGGAGGUGUGUAUGGUGAGCGGUUCAGGUCAGGAACACUCGGGCUGUUUGUUGCUCAGUGGAGAGGUUCUGUUCGUGGUCAGUGUGUGUGAGGACGCACAACAGCAGGCGUUUCCCAUCACUGAGAUCCAGUGUGAACAUGACACACACACGCCUGGACGCAUCACGCUCACGCUGCAGCAGCACAGAGUGACCAGUGACACCGAGGGUGACGGCGGUGGUCGUGAGAGUCUCUCAGAGCUGCAGUAUAAGCGUCUGGUGGAUUUUGUCUCGGGAGCGUCUCAGUAUCUCUCACCGUCUCUCUGUCAGCAGACGUUCAUCACUCCUAUUGAACCGCCGCCCACCGCCACAAAAGCAUAUCAUUAUCAGGCCGACCCGGCCUUCGCACACGUCUUUAUAUGCAAGUUUACCAUGGUGAAAAAUAAAGCCCUUCGCAUCGGCUUCCACUGACAGUCUUCAUCACAUGAGAAAUGCUUUAUAAACAUUCAACUAGAGCUUUUUUUCCCCUCUAUGGACAUCAGUAUUUAUAAAAACACUCAAAUAAGGCUUUUCAUUUGUAUUUUUAUAAGCAAUGCAAGAAAGAUGAUUACUGUUUUUAUUUUAAUAUUCUGAGCAAAUGAAUCACUUAAAUAAGUGUUGCUUAUUAAAUUUUGUAAUGAAGUAUAA